UGUAGCCGUGGCGGGAGAUUCACACGUGUGCCUGUUUAUGUUUUUAGAUUUCGCACGUUUUAGUUUGUUUUAGUGAUAUUAGCGAUAAUAGUAAUAACAAGGACGAUGGAAAGUAAACAAAACGGUUCUGUUCCUGCGAGUGAGACUGAAAACAAGACAAACAGCUUGGUCCAUGUGCAGAAACACGUGCAUGAGGAAGCAGAGGAGAGCUUCAGCUUCACCCCUCAGCCCAGUCUGGAGGACAUACGCAGGAUGCAGGCCGAGUUCACAGACGAAAGAGACUGGAAUAAGUUCCACCAGCCUCGUAACCUGCUGCUCGCCCUUGUUGGGGAGGUAGGAGAGGUGUCUGAGCUGUUCCAGUGGCGUGGAGAGGUGAAGGAAGGGUUACCUGGGUGGACUGAGGCUGAGAGAGAGAACUUGGCUCAGGAGCUCAGCGACGUGCUUAUUUACCUAGUGGAGCUGGCUGAGAAGUGUCGUGUGGACCUGCCACAAGCCGUACUGCGUAAGAUGGCCCUCAACAGGCUCAAAUACCCGGCCAGUAAAGUACACGGGUCUGCCAAGAAGUACACAGAGUAUCAGGACUAAAUACAUAGUACGCAGGAUCCAAGUCCUGGUCAUAAACACGUCACUUCAGAAAGAUGACCAGGAUGUGUUUGUUUAAGGGGUAAAAGUACAACAGCCUGAGCAAUUGUUUGAGUGGAUUGCUCUCUCUCUAAUUUUAUUAUUCAGCACACAGGACCAGUACUGAACCGUACUAACAUCCAUCUCUAAACCCAGGACCAGUACUGAACCGUCCUAACGUCCAUCUCUAAACCCAGGACCAGUACUGAACCGUCCUAACGUCCAUCUCUAAGCCCAGGACCAGUACCGAACCGUCCUAACGUCCAUUUCUAAACACAGGACCAGUACUGAACCGUCCUAACGUCCAUCUCUAAACCCAGGAAAAGUACUGAAACUUUGUAACGUCCAUCUCUAAACCCAGGACCAGUACUGAAUCGUCCUAAUGUCCAUCUCUAAACCCAGGACCAGUACUGAACCUUGCUAACAUCCAUCUCUAAACCCAGGACCAGUACUGAAACUUCCUAACGUCCUAACAUCCAUCUCUAAAUCCAGGAAAAGUACUGAAACUUUUUACUGUCGAUCUCUAAACCCAGGACCAGUACUGAACCUUUUUAAUGUCCAUCUCUACAAUCAACAUUGUCGAUGAUCGGAUUGAUGACCUCACCCUAGACACUAUUAGAUCGGAUUGAAAAUUAUUAGUUAGAUUUGGAUUAAUUGCUCAAAUAGUUCAUGUUUUAAUCUGUUUCAAAAGUGAUUUUGGUGUGUAAGCCCAGACUCUUGGUUAAUCAGUCAUGCUGUUAUUGUUAAUCUUUAAUGUUCUUAUUUUUAUUUACAUUUUAUUCUGGAAACAGACUGUGUGGGAUUUUAUUACAACCAAAAACUGCUGUGUAAAUUGGCUCAGACACAAAGGUCCUUUAGAGUAAAUGCAGUGUGUUUCACUCGA